AACCACGUUACCCCUCGGUGGUCCCACAGCCAGCAACCCCAACAUGUGCCGGGCCUCAGGGAGAGGUCUCCAGCCUAAGGGGGUGAGGGUGAAAGAGGUGGCUGACUUCAAGGUGUACACCAAGGGAGCCGGCAGCGGAGAGCUCAAGGUUACCAUCAAGGGGCCAAAGGGACUAGAGGAGCCUGUGAAGGUGCGUGACGCGGGAGAAGGGGUGUAUGAGUGUGACUACUACCCCAUCAUGACUGGCAAAUACACCAUCACCAUCACCUGGGGUGGACAGACCAUCCCACGCAGCCCGUUUGAGGUGGUGGUGAGUGAGGACGUGGGGUCCCAGAAGGUGAGGGCGUGGGGGCCGGGCCUGGAGACAGGCAUGGUGGGGAAGUCAGCUGACUUUGUGGUGGAGGCCAUCGGCACAGAGGUGGGAACUCUGGGUUUCUCCAUCGAGGGCCCGUCGCAGGCUAAGAUAGAGUGUGAUGAUAAGGGCGACGGGUCAUGUGACGUACGUUACUGGCCCACGGAGCCUGGCGACUAUGCUGUUCACGUCAUCUGUGACGACGAGGACAUCAAGGACAGCCCCUUUAUGGCCCACAUCCUCCUCACAGCCAAUGACGUGUUCCCUGAGAAGGUGAACAGUUAUGGCCCAGGUCUGGAACCGAUUGGCUGCAUUGUCAACAAACCAGCAGAGUUCACCAUUGAUGCAAGUGGAGCCGGCAGGGGCCAGCUGAAGAUAUACGCCCAGGAUGCAGAGGGCUUCCCCAUCGACAUCCAGAUCACAGAGAACGGAGACAGCACCUUCCUCUGUGUCUACAUUCCCACCAAGCCCAUCAAACACACCAUCAUUAUCACCUGGGGAGAGGUCAACGUCCCCAACAGUCCCUUCAGGGUGACCAUCGGAGAGGGCAGCCACCCAGAGAAUGUGAAGGUGUAUGGUCCAGGUGUGGAGAAGUCAGGUCUGAAGGCCAACGAGCCCACCUACUUCACUGUGGACUGCAGCGAGGCAGGACAAGGGGAUGUCAGUAUCGGCAUCAAGUGUGCACCUGGCGUGGUCGGUCCGGCAGAGGCUGACAUCGACUUUGACAUCAUCAAGAAUGACAACGACACGUUCACAGUGAAGUACAUGCCCCCCGGCCCCGGACGCUACACCAUCAUGGUGCUGUUCGCUGACCACGAAAUACCAAUCAGCCCUUUCAGGAUCAAGGUGGACCCCUCCCAUGACGCUAACAAGGUGAGGGCGGAGGGACCCGGACUCAACAAGACAGGUGUGGAGGUAGGUAAGCCCACCCACUUCACUAUCUACACCAAGGGAGCGGGCAAGGCCAAGCCUGAAGUGCACUUCACCGGAGCAGCCAAAGGGGACGCCGUCCGAGACUUUGAGAUCAUUGACAACCAUGACUACUCCUACACCGUGCGCUACACUGCAGUGCAACAGGGUAACAUGUCUAUCUCAAUCUGCCACGGCGGUGACCCCAUUCCCAAGAGCCCCUUCAACAUCACGGUGGCUCCGCCUCUUGACCUCAACAAGGUCAAAGUUCAGGGGUUGAACAACAAGGUCGACGUUGGGAAGGAUCAGGAGUUCACAGUGAGCACGCACGGCGCCGGUGGCCAGGGCAAGUUGGAUGUGAAGAUCACCUCGCCCUCUCGUCGGCCAAUCCCCUGCAAGCUGGAGUCUGACACGGCCAACGAAGUACACACUGUGAAGUACAUUCCUCCUGAGGAGGGACCCUACAAAGUGGACAUCAGCUAUGAUGGGAACCCCGUGCCUGGGAGCCCCUUCACUGUGGAGGGGGUGAUGCCCCCUGACCCCUCAAAGGUGCGUGCCUAUGGCCCAGGCCUCCAGGGAGGCAUGGUGGGCAAGCCGGCCCCCUUCGCCAUUGACACCAAGGGUGCGGGCACCGGCGGGCUGGGCCUGACCGUGGAGGGGCCAUGCGAGGCCAAGAUCGAGUGCCAGGACAACGGUGAUGGCUCCUGCUCUGUCUCCUACCUGCCCACAGAGCCCGGUGAAUACGCCAUCAACAUCCUGUUUGCCGAGCAGCACAUCCCCGGCUCCCCCUUCAAGGCCAUGGUACAGUCCGUGUUUGACCCCAGUAAGGUCACGGCCAGUGGGCCAGGCCUGGAGAGAGGGAAGGCCAACGAGGCAGGGUCGUUCGUAGUGGACUGCGCCAAGGCGGGGGACGCCGAGCUGACCAUUGAGAUUAUUUCAGAUUCGGGGUCGAAGGUGGAGGUGCGUGUUCAGAACAACAGUGAUGGGACCUAUUCUAUCACGUACAUCCCACAGUUCCAUGGCAUGUAUACUAUCACCAUUAAAUACGGGGGGCACGCCGUGUCCAAGUUCCCCGCCCGUGUGCAGGUGGACCCAGCCGUGGAUACCAGCGGGGUGAAGGUGUACGGACCAGGAGUGGAACCCAGAGGGGUCCUGAGGGAGGUGACCACCCAUUUCAUCGUGGAUGCCCGUGCCAAGAGCAAGACCGGGGGCAGCCAUGUCAAGGCCCGCAUCGUCAACCCUUCAGGCGCCAACACAGACGCCUACAUCACUGACAAGGGAGAAGGCACCUACAGAGUGGAAUACGCUGCCUAUGAGGAUGGGAUGCACCUGAUAGAGGUGCUGUAUGAUGAUGUGGCGGUGCCUAACAGUCCGUUCCGUGUCCCGGUAACGGAGGGUUGUGACCCCAGCCGUGUCAGAGCCUACGGUCCUGGUCUGGAGGAGGGCCUGGUCAACAAACCCAACCGCUUCACCGUGGAAACCAGGGGUGCUGGUACAGGGGGUCUGGGCCUGGCCAUCGAGGGUCCAUCAGAGGCUAAGAUGUCCUGUAAGGACAAUAAAGACGGCAGCUGCAGUGUGGAGUACAUCCCCUUCACCCCGGGAGACUAUGACGUCAACAUUACCUUCGGAGGCUUGCCCAUCCCAGGGAGUCCCUUCCGUGUGCCAGUGAGAGAGCUGGUGGACCCAAGUAAGGUGAGGUGUUCAGGCCCAGGGCUGGGUAGUGGAGUCAGAGCCCAUGUUCCUCAGACCUUCACUGUGGACACCAGCAAGGCUGGCCUCGCCCCUCUGGGAGUGGUGCUGUACGGACCUACUGGAGUUGCUGAGCCAGUGAACAUCACAGAUAACGGAGACGGAACACACACAGCGACCUACACCCCGGCCAAGGACGGCCCGUACACCGUGUGUGUGAAGUACGCUGACCAGGAGGUUCCUCGCAGUCCGUAUAAGAUCAAGACAUUGCCUGCUCAUGAUGCCAGUAAGGUGCUUGCCAGUGGGCCAGGUUUGAAUGCCCAGGGUGUGCCUGCCAGCCUGCCUGUGGAGUUCACCAUCGAUGCCCGCGAUGCUGGCGAAGGCCUGCUCACUGUGCAGAUACUGGACCCAGAAGGCAAGCCGAAAAAGGCCAACAUCCGUGACAACAGAGAUGGGACGUACACAGUGUCCUAUGUACCAGACAUGGCAGGGCGCUACACCAUCACCAUCAAGUAUGGAGGAGAUGAGAUUCCCUACUCACCCUAUCGUAUCCAUGCCCUGCCCACUGGAGACGCCAGCAAGUGUCUGGUCACAGUUUCCAUUGGAGGACAUGGAUUGGGUUCAGGUCUCGGACCCACCAUCCAGAUCGGCGAGGAGACCGUCAUCACCGUGGACGCAAAAGCUGCUGGGAAGGGGAAGGUGACCUGUAAGGUGUCGACGCCAGAUGGGGCCGAGCUAGACGUGGACGUGGUGGAGAAUUCCGACGGAACGUUUGACAUCUACUACACGGCUCCGGAACCUGGGAAAUACGUCAUCACCAUCCGCUUCGGAGGAGAACACAUUCCAAACAGCCCCUUCCACAUUGUGGCCAGUGAUACCGUCCCUAUAAUAGAGGAACCGUGUGACAAGCUCCAGUUACAACAGCCCUACCAGCCCUACCAGGGCUACCCCCCUCACUGGGCCACAGAGGAGCCCGUCACCACCGGCGAUAUCAUGGAGCCUAUGCUCCGCCCCUUCAACCUGGUCAUUCCAUUCACCAUUCAGAAGGGAGAGAUCACAGGUGAGGUGCGUAUGCCCUCAGGUAAGACAGCCCGUCCUAACAUCACAGACAACAAGGAUGGGACAGUCACAGUGAAGUACGCCCCUACAGAGAAAGGACUGCAUGAGAUGGACAUCAAAUAUGAUGGAAACCACAUCCCAGGAAGUCCCCUCCAGUUCUAUGUAGAUGCCAUCAAUAGUGGUCAUGUGACAGCCUAUGGUCCUGGUCUGAGUCACGGCAUGGUCAACAAACCUGCCACCUUCACCAUCGUCACCAAGGAUGCAGGGGAAGGUGGCCUGUCCCUGGCGGUGGAGGGUCCCUCUAAGGCAGAGAUCAACUGUAAGGACAACAAGGAUGGAACCUGUACUGUGUCCUACCUUCCCACUGUACCAGGAGACUACAACAUCAUCGUCAAGUUUGACAACAAACACAUCGCCGGCAGCCCCUACACUGCCAAGAUCACAGGGGAUGACACCAUGAGGACAUCCCAGCUCAACGUUGGCACAGCAACAGACGUGUCAUUGAAGAUCUCAGAGACAGACCUGAGCAGCCUGACAGCGAGCAUCAGAGCACCGUCGGGCAACGAGGAACCCUGCCUCCUCAAGAGACUGCCCAAUCGACACAUCGGUAUCUCAUUCACUCCUAAGGAGGUGGGGGAGCAUGUUGUGAGUGUGAAGAAGAAUGGGACGCACGUGACCAACAGCCCCUUCAAGAUCAUGGUGGGCCAGUCAGAGAUCGGGGAUGCCAGCAAGGUCAAGGUGUUUGGCCAGGGACUGGUGGAGGGACACAUCUUUGAGGUGGCUGAGUUCAUAGUUGACACCAGGAACGCAGGUUAUGGUGGUCUGGGUCUGUCUAUCGAGGGUCCCAGUAAGGUGGAUAUUAACUGUGCGGAUGUGGAGGAUGGUACCUGUAAGGUGACCUACUGUCCCACUGAACCAGGAAAUUACAUCAUCAACAUCAAGUUCGCCGACCAGCACAUUCCAGGAAGUCCUUUCACAGUGAAGGUGUGUGGUGAGGGCAGGGUGAAGGAGAGCAUCACCAGGAAGAGACAUGCUCCAUCCAUUGCUACUGUGGGCAGCACCUGUAACCUCAACCUCAAAAUACCAGGUGACCAGGGGACCCAGGAGAUGACGGCCCAGGUGACCAGUCCAGGGGGUAAAACGGAGGACGCAGAGAUCAUCGACGGCGAGGACAGCACCUACAGCGUCCGCUUCAUCCCCCAGGAGAUGGGUCCCCACACGGUCAACGUCAAGUACCGGGGCCAGCACGUCCCCGGGAGCCCCUUCCAGUUCACCGUGGGGCCCCUGGGAGAGGGAGGGGCACACAAGGUCCGGGCCGGGGGCACGGGGCUGGAUAGAGGAGUGGCAGGAGUGGCAGCUGAGUUUAGUAUCUGGACCAGAGAGGCUGGAGCAGGGGGUCUGUCCAUCGCUGUAGAGGGGCCCAGUAAGGCAGAGAUCACGUUUGAAGACAGGAAGGAUGGAUCCUGUGGAGUGGCCUAUGUGGUGCAGGAGCCAGGUGACUAUGAGGUGUCCAUUAAGUUCAAUGAUGAGCACAUCCCAGACAGUCCCUUUAUAGUCCCCAUCGCCACUCUGUCUGAUAACGCACGCCGCCUUACAGUCACCAGCCUACAGGAGAUGGGAUUGAAGGUGGGCCAGGAGGCGUCGUUCGCGGUGCAGUUGAACGGGGCGAGGGGGUUGAUAGAUGCUAAGGUUCACACCCCGGCCGGAGCUGUAGAGGAGUGUUACGUUACUGAGCUGGACAGCGACCAGCAUGCCAUUCGGUUUAUCCCGAGGGAGAACGGAGUCCACUCCAUCGAAGUGCGUUUCAACGGGAGCCACAUUCCCGGUAGUCCCUUCAAGAUCCGCGUGGGAGAGAUCGGACAGGUCGGAGACCCGGGAAUGGUGUCUGCCUUCGGACCUGGGCUGGAAGGAGGAACUACAGGCGUGGCAUCAGACUUUGUAGUGAACACGUGUAAUGCGGGGUCGGGUGCUCUGUCAGUGACCAUCGAUGGGCCGUCCAAGGUCAAGAUGGACUGUCAGGAUUGUCCCGAGGGUUACAAGGUCACUUACACACCCAUGGCCCCCGGCAGCUAUCUCAUCACCAUCAAAUACGGGGGACCAUCCCACAUCGUAGGCAGCCCCUUCAAGGCUAAAGUCACAGGUGCUCGUCUCUCUGGUGGUCACAGUCUACAUGAAACUUCGUCCGUACUUGUGGAGACAGUAACCAAGUCGUUGUCGUCGUCGUCGUCGAUGGGCGUGGCCUAUGGCCCUAAGUUCUCUUCGGAUGCCAGUAAGGUGGUCUCCCGGGGCGCCGGCCUAUCAACGGCCUUUGUAGAGCAGAAGAACACCUUCACAGUGGACUGCAGCAAAGCAGGAACUAACAUGUUGAUGGUGGGGGUACACGGACCCAAGACCCCGUGUGAAGAGGUCUACGUUAAACACCUGGGCAACAGGAUGUACAACGUCACCUACACCGUCAAAGAACAGGGCAACUACAUCCUCAUUGUCAAAUGGGGGGAUGAAAAUGUCCCCGGCAGCCCCUUCCAUGUCACCGUCCCCUAAAAUGGACUCAUCCAUCCCCUGUACAACCCCCUGCUGUAUCCCAGAAUGGACUCGUGCAACACCCCCACAGACACACUAAAGAUGCAAAGACUUUUUCCGUCUGUCCGGGGGGGAGUAAGUUACCCAUCAUGCAUUGUACCACAUUUCUCUGAUAACUCAUCCAGGCGACAUCACAAAAUCUGAGGUGCCAAUCAUCCUAUGUCUGCGCCGCCCCACCAACUAGCCAUCCUGUUGCUGUUUACUUUCAAUGUGAGAGAAUGUAAAAAGAGGUCAAAUCAUGUUUUCUGUCUGUAUCAGCCUAUGCUAGUAUUUUCAGAGCACAAACACAGUAUGCAGUCACUACCAUGUGCUUUUUAGCUAGUCCCCCAAUGGUGUCCCACACUGCCUGUACUGGCCUGGUCAAAAUGGCUGCCUUACAUGAGGGAAGAUGGCUGUGACGUCACUGUCUGGGUCACUGACAGACAGAGAGGAGUUAUUUACCUUUAUUUAUUCAGUCCUUUUAUUUUCUUUGACAGAAAAUUGUCUUAUAUUGUUUCAAAGGAGAAGAUUUCUGUCGAUUUUAGAAAGUAUUCUCCCUCAUACCGGGCCGUCCUUUGUCAUUACGGGUGUAACCAUGGACACAGAGAUGUGGUUGGCCAAGAAUUUUGUACUGAGGAAGAGGGUAUGGCGUAGCAAUCGGUUUAUCGUGUGAAUGUUUAAUUAAGAAGUCCACAGAGAGAUAUUACAGUGGAACAGUAUCAUAGUGACAUUUUAUAGUGAUUUUAUAUGUAAGAAAAUGAACAGAUAAAAACUCUUAAUUGUUUGAUAUACUAACCUUCUGUUUUGCAAGGAUGUGCAGGCAUAAUAAAACGUUUACCUGCUGACUUACCAUUGA